GAGAAGUAGAUUACAAUGGAGGAGUCCAACUCAUCAUCCCCACUUGGCCACUUUUGGGUCUAUUUCUGGAUGCCUGACUUUGCCUACUUCUUCCCUGCAGCUUUGACCCUCCUUAUCCAAAACAUGCCUAUAAAAUACCACACUUUCUCCACCCCAUCUCAUAACACCACCUCCAUAGAGCAAAACCCAGCUUCCAUAACUCCUAAAUUCUCAACCUCUUAUCACCCAUUUCAAUCUCAGUCUCAAAUCUUCACCCUUCUCAUCGUUCUUCAAUCUGAACAAAAAGUCAUAAUGGGCUGCACAAAAGAAAUGCAAAUUGUAUUGUUCCUUUUGCUAGCCUCUGCCACUACCUUGGCACUCGGGCAAGGCACUCGAGUGGGAUUCUACUCAGGUUCCUGCCCAAGAGCUGAAUCCAUUGUCCAGGCGGCCGUGAGAUCCCGUUUCCAGUCGGAUCCCACAGUUGCGCCAGGAUUGCUCAGGAUGCAUUUCCAUGAUUGUUUUGUCCGGGGCUGUGAUGCUUCUAUCCUCAUUGAUGGCCCGGGAACAGAGAAAAUGGCAGGAGCAAAUAGCCGGUUGAGAGGAAUCGAAGCCAUUGAUGAUGCCAAGAAUCAACUUGAGGCAGUGUGCCCUGGAGUUGUUUCAUGUGCUGAUAUCCUUGCUCUUGCCGCUCGUGAUGCCGUGGUUUUGACCUCUGGAAGGGGAUGGCUGGUGCCUACGGGGCGGAGAGAUGGGACGAUUUCAUUGAGAUCUGAGGCUUCCAAUUUACCGGGUCCCACCGAAUCUGUAGACUCACAAAAGCAAAAAUUUGCUGCAAAAGGACUCAAUGGUCAAGAUCUCGUAACUCUAGUUGGAGCACACACUAUUGGAACUACAGCAUGCCAGUUCUUUCGACAUAGGCUCAAUAACUUCAAUAACACUAAUCCUGACCCAACAAUUGACCCUGCCUUCCUUCCUCAACUCCGGUCACUUUGCCCGGAAAACGGUGAUGGGUCCAAACUCGUGGGACUCGACAACGGCAGCCCUAACACUUUUGACACGUCUUUCUACGCAAACUUGAGGAGCGGAAGGGGAAUACUCGAGUCGGACCAAAUGCUAUGGACAGAUGCUUCAACAAAAUCCUUUGUCCAGAGAUACUUGGGAGUGAGAGGAUUGCAGGCUUUGAAUUUUAAUGUGGAGUUUGGAAGAGCCAUGGUGAAGAUGAGCAAUAUCGAGGUGAAGACAGGAACUGACGGUGAAAUUCGGCGCGUGUGCUCUAAAAUCAAUUAAUUUGAUUUGACCUUAUGCAAAGCAUUGUUUUUUUUCCUUGAUAAAGAGGUGCAAGAACGAAUGCAAUAUUGGUUGUAGAAAGCAAUAGACAAGCAUUGUUGUGUGCUUUCAGAAGAAAGCAAAUGAAA